GCUCAUGAGGCAGUUUAAAGCAGAAGGGGGCGGGGUUUAACUCUUGUUUGAAGACUGGCUGACAGCCUUGGAGUUGGGAUGGCAGUUUCGUGGGCACAUCUCUCCUCGUGAAUAAAAAAACGAACUCGUGACCGACCAAAAACAAGUGACGCCGAUCGAUCAGCUAUUGCUUGUUGAUAUUUUUGCGUCUCGAGUCAUGAGCUCGUUGAUUCUGCUCUUAUUUGCGCUGAUUUUACGCAAGAAUGGGGACGCGACGUCUGCAGAGUUUACCCCGACAGGACGCUCCGUGCAUAUCAAUGACGGGAACUUUUCAGCCUGGGAUCACAUGAAACAAGAGUCCAUUCAGGUCCAACAGCAAGUGCUCGAGUCCCGCUCAGGUUUGUAGAAAUAAUCAAAUAAUCAUCGCAGGAAAGAAGGCGACUCAGAUGGUAAAACGCGAAUUUACGCACGAAAUAAAACGAUUGUGAGCUGGAGAGUGAAUAUUAUUGUUGACUUUUUGCAUUAUUAUAUCAACCUUUUAUUCAAGGCUUCUCUUCUAACGGAUUAUAGAUGACCUGAUUUGGUCAGCCUGGACCAUCUGCAUGAGGAUUUGCGCACAAAUCUACUGAUCUGUUCAUGAGUCAUAAGUGGUGUGGGAGCUCACUGCUGUCACUUCAUGAGUAACGGUUUCUCCUGCUGGCCUAGUUUUCCUGCAUCACUACACAACAGAGCAGCAAUUUGUCAGCUAGUUUCAUGUUAGGUUGACUCUGCAAGAAAAAUUGCACUUAAGCGUUCAAAAAAUACAACAUAUUACUCACUGUGCAUUACUUAAUAAUGUUAAAUUAUUACAGAAGAAUCCCUCUCUGUUGGCAGUGAUAAUCUCAAAGUGAAAUAUGCUCCCCAUCCCUCUCCACAGAGUGCAUCUUUCUCUCUCUGUGUCUCUCUCACACUCACUCACUCACAGCUGUACUCCCUCUGACAGCCUCCUUGUUUACAGCAGAGCGUUGAAGAGGAGCUGAAAGAGGGAUUUGUGACCCUGCUCACUUAUCAACAGAUUCAUGACUAAUUCAUGCAGCUGUAGGAGUACAUUGCCACCCGUCAUCACAUGAUCCUGCGCUCUGAGGUGCCGGCUGAAAUACUUGGAAGUGCUGUCCCUUAAGAUCCCUCCUCUCUGCCUGCAUACGGGGCCAAACCUCCUCCUUUUAGCCUUUCUUUCAGUCAACCAGCCCUCCUGUUAACUCCCUUUUGACACACACUAAAUAACAAGAAGGAAAUUAAAUACUCAAACGACCUCUUUCUCAACCCAGAUGGUCAUUCCUCCCAUGCUGAAGUAGACGUCCUUGUUAUUCCUUUAAUAACUGGCACAGUUCAGUCCUCUCCUGCCAAAAAUCAUUAAAUCUCCAAAUCUGUUGUUUUAAUUUGACUGCAAAAUAACUAUUUGUUGUUUGGCAGUUCAGUCCAUGUGUCCUAAAGUCCCCCCUCCCUGUACAGCUCCACCCUAAGCAUCUUUUGUCUCUUCAGAUUUGAUUGCUCUGACUCGUGCUUAAAGGCAGAUUUGGCCUUCAUAUCUAAAGGAUGCACUCGUGUUGUUCCCCCAUCAGUGGAAUUUGUGGCCUAAUUCCAACGCAGGCACACAAACACACACACAUUUGUGGUGAGGCAGGGUUGGGGGGUUAGCGGAGAUAAAUCCCUGUUGGACCAUCUGUUUGUGCUGCAUGGGGGUCCCCGAGAACUGACCAGUCAACAUGUUUGUGCUUCCUUCUCUGGACGUGAAUUUCCGUCAAAGUCUCAGGGGAAAUUUUGCAAACGUUACACGAAAUCGGAUUAUCUAAAGCUUCUGAAGUCCCACUGGGUGAUAUUUUUUAUAUCUUGUGCACAUCAGUUAUUAUGUUAUAUGUAUAAUACUAUUAUUAUCCAGCAAGUACAAGCAAUGGACAUCUUCCACUUGGCACUGGAGCACCCCAUGCUUUGUUGGAUUGUGACUCGCUCAACUAAAAUACAUUUUCUCUGUAAAACAGCAACUUAAAGGGAUAUUCCAGCAUAAAUUUAAGUUAUGGUCAAACACACCAUAACACCAGGUCAGACACUCCCUCGAGAAAUGAAUGUUGCCGACUGCUUGUUUCUCUUGUUAUACCAACUUUAAUAACGACCGCACGAUAGCAAUACACAGCGGUCUGAGGAGCCAUAAACCAAUCUCAACCAAAACGCCACUCUAUAGCCACAAUUAAUGCUCAGAACAGCACCUAACUUCAUCAACAGGACAUAUAGGGUCUUAGCCACAAAACAUCUUUUUAACUUUGCCUAAUUUCUUUAGUGAAGAGACUAAGCACAACUUACUUACUCUCUUCCAGCAGCCGCUUGUUUGUAGCGAGAUCUUGGGCCACUCCAUUACGGACUACAGCGGAGUUUUGCAGCUCAAGGAAGAACAUUUAUGAUCAUUUCUUUAUCAUUUCCUUGAAGUAACUGCUAUUGUGUAUUGCUAUUGUGCGGUUGUUACUAAAGUUGGUAUAACAAGAGAAGCAAGCGGUCAGCAACAUUUAUCUCUCGAGGGGGUGUCUAACCCGGUGUUAAAGUGUGUUUGACCCUAAAUUAAUUUUACAAAUAUCCCUUUAACCAUGUUGUAUGUUUGACAUGACCUCAAAAUUAUUGUCAAAUUUUAAUGACAGCAGGGGUCGACUCUCUCAUGUGAACAGGGUGUCACUUAUUUGCUAAUUCAACCAACAUUUUAUGCGAAGCUAACAAAGUUAAAUUUAGUCACGUCUGAUACAGCAGCUGAAAACUGUUCUGUGUGUUGCAAGGUUGCAUAUUUUGCAGCUGGCUGAGCACUAUAAACACGCUGCAAGAGUCACACGUGCACUUGCAUGUUCGGAGAGGUCUGUUCACUCUAUCUUGUUCUUUGCACUGACUGCCAAGUUGACCCUGGGGCCUCUGGGAUAUGUCUCGGUGCUCCUGAUGUCAAAUCCUCAUAUGUUUGACGACAGGUAUUUUCUGCUGAGUAAUUACAGCUCGCCAUGAUGCAGUUAUGCUUUACUAUCCAGGUCAUGGCUUGUCUGCUAGAAAAGUUAUUGCUCACACAUCUUCUUUGGCUUACUUUGACAAAAAGACCUAUUUUGGUUCCAGUGUAAUCAGAAUGAAGUGGGUACUGGAGCUCAUGUUGAGAACACCUUUGUGCAACACCUGAAAAAGCCUCACUCAGAUCAAUUCAGUCCCUGUUUUGGAGAGCAGCCCUCUUGUGUGUCUGUCAAUAUCAGAAUCUCACCCACAUCAUAGGAUCUCUGUCUCAUCUGCCUCGGUGGCUCAGACGGCCCAUCCCAAUCCACUUCAUAAACCUCUUUGUGGGGAGGUUCAGUCCGCCAAAUGGGGAGAUUAUAGUAAUCUGUCACGAAACACCUCCACUUCGGAUGUAAUGACCCCCGUUUCUUAUGUUUGACCACCUAGGCGGGGCGCACAUGAAGAGGAGGCGACUUCUCCCAAAAGACACGUUUACUUGUCGCUCUGCACCUCCGUUAGCGUCCAUGUGAGUCCAUACAAACCCCGCCAAGUGUGAAUGUUUGUUUGAUAUUGCGGCUGAAAUUGCGAGUAAUUCCCGGUAGCUGCAGGCAUUCAUCUGCCCCUGAUCAGAGGGACUUGUUUGGGCCAAUAAUAUGAGAUGAUCUGUUUUUGGCAUUUGUUGUUUUUUUUGUAUUGUGGAAGCAGGUGGCUUUAUGUGUUUUUGGCAGAUCUUUUAGCAGCAGGAUUAAAGCAAUGAGACCUGCAACAGCAUCAAAUAAAACUACUGCUGAUGCUCACUACAUUAGACAGCUGUAUUAGAGGGAAUUUCAUCUUUUACUAACUUAUAAGUACCUCCUUUAUAGCCCUCUGGCAGUAAACACAUACACUGCAGUGUAGUUAAGAUUUAAAGGAGUAAGGUGCGGGAUAAUGAGAUGUAUGGCUCCCAAAGCUCUUAUCCCCUGAACUGCGUAGCUUCAGUGCAGUUUGGUGGAGGAUAUUUUUAACAGGGCAGUAGGUGAAGAAGAAAAUCCUUGGCAGCAGCCAGUGUUGGCAGUUUUACAGCUGAAAGGCAGUUUCUUUAAGGUGGUGCUGCUCAGUUCAGGGGGCCGCGUCACUCUGCCAACUGCUCCAUACAAUCAAACCUCAUCUGUAUGACUGGUGUUCACUCAGAUUGAUGCACUUUUUGACAACCUGCUGUUAGCAGUCUGCUGUUAGCCGUUGUUAGCUAUAAUAGUCAUAAACAACGCAUAACACUGUAUUUUACUCUUACAAACAUCGUAGCACUGUGUUCACAGUUAGACGUUGGGCAGUACAACAUAUAUGUUUAUGUUUAUUCAGCUUUCAACAUGAUCACAGAUGUUUAAAAAAGACAGAUGCCAUUAAAAACACUGAAUUAUUUUGCUGAUUACAAAAAAUAAAACAUAUAAAAUGCAGCUUAAGAAGCAACAACCUAGAAACUUAAAAAGCUAAACACCAUUCUCAUUUAACAGCCUGCACAUAUAUGGGAUUGGUGAUUUCUUAUAUCUCUCAGUUCGGCAUGUUGGGGUGUCCAGGUCAUCUCCAUUCCGUGUUUGUCGUCCAGAGAUCUCUUUCCUAAGUGGAGGUAGCCAGUUUCUGAAGUUGGACUUGAACAGCUUUCUGGCAAAAUCAAGACAUAGUUGAGUGCGCCUCUCUGCUACUAUUUAAUUUCACAAAAACAAAACAGAAGUGCUGAUAAAUAAUACAUCACAAGAGCUUUCACUGUUAUUCUUUACUGUUGAGGCAGUGCGCUGCCAUCUUGGAUUAUGACGUUGUCGUCAAAUUGGGGUCGGUGAGGAUCGUCUGAUUAUCCGAGUUGGAAAUCUGACUUCGGUGGGGCAUUCCAGAUGAAUUUCCGACUCGGAACUUGGAAAUUCUGAUUUCCGGUUACAACUCAAACGCAGCAAUAUACAGUCUAUGCCUGACACCUACACUCCCCCAAUAGUUUCAUGCGCCAAAAAAUUCCUGUCCUUAAUGUCCCUUAUGGUCUUCUUGUUUUUUUUCAUCAUCAAAAGGCAUCAGAGUGAAUUUUGUUAUAAAACAUAUCCAGAGGAGCUUUAAAUGUUGGGAGGUAUAAAAAAAGGCUUAUUAUUUAAUCAUUAAGUUCCAGCUGUGUUGAUAACUAUGACAUACUUUGUUUUAGUUUUUGUGCAAAAAGCAGGCCUGAUAAGAUGAAGUGUCAUCUGUUUGCACAAACAGUCAAAGUCUAUUAACUGAGAAAAAAUGUAGCAUUUCAUAUAAUCAUCUGUAUUUUUCCAUGUGUGCAUCCCUUUUUAAGUUUGCUUAUUCUCACAACAACCUCUCAUUCAUAUGGGAAACAGCCCGUGUGCCGUCAACCCACUUGUGGGCGUUGUCACAGAUUGUCAAAGUGGCUAAUUAGAUUUGAGGAUAAGGUGUCACAUUAUCAUUAGGGAGCUAAAUGGGAUUCUCCUGGAGCAACCUGAAAACAGGAAAUGAUCCUGUGUGAGAGAAAGAUGCCCUGUUAGCAGUCUGCAUACAAAUGCAGCGUUACUCUGUCUUGAAUUUAAGCUUCUCUGUGUUAAUUGGCCAAAUUAAGCAUUUGUAUUUGCAUGCCCCUCUGCUACAUCCUCUGGGAUUAAUCGAUUGGUAUCCUCAAGGGAGUCCGCAAAUUACUUUUCCUGUUUCAUUGUCAAAGUUGUGCCUUCGGGGUUAAUUGUUAAUGUAGCCGACAACAAAACGCUGUAAUUCUUUAUGGAGCUGUGAAAACUCUGAGGGGGUCAGAGAACAUUUACUGAUUACUUCAGUCUGCUGUAACCUGAACUCGCUUGAACUUUGAUGCUCAGCUGAAAAUGUCUUUCUUAAACUAAAUCAGCUUUACAAACGUAGUCUCAGCCUAAUCUGCAUUUUCUCUCCAGGUUCUGCCUUCAACCUGAAAGUCCAGGUCAACGCCGUGCUGAGCCGCCAACUUCUGAGCCAGGCGACGGUGGAGGUCUACAUCAACUACACCAGGACCACCACAGCUCUCACAGGGGAGGAUGGUGGUGUUCUGCUGAGUAUACCAUACCGAGAUGAUCUGCCUAUCACCAUCGUGGCCAGCAAAGAUGGAUACAUGCUCUCACUGCUGCCGUAUAAAGCCAGCAGGAUGCCCUGUAAGAUAUUUAUUGGUUAUGUGAUGAAAGUUCCUGCAGGUUUGGGAUGAUCUGAAACUACUUAUUUCAAAAUCCUGAAGAACAGACAGGGAGACAACUGUUCAGCUAAAUGAGCACAUCCUCACUGCAGAUUCAGAGCUGAAUCCAAGGACAGAGAAGCAGUGUCGUUUUCUCCCUUUUCUUCAGUCAACAGCUACAUUAAGACUUUCUUUACACUUCCUCUCUAGGUUCAUUUUUCACCAUCAGAGGUUGCUGCUUGCUUCACAUGCCCCACUGGACCCCUAAAUUAGAGCACUAACGGCGCUUUUCAUCUCAAAUGACAGCAGACAACCGAGUGUUGUUCUAUUUGUGCAUAAGAAGCUUUGAUAACACCCACCACUACCAUGAAAAACAGUGUGUCAGGUUGUGUUCUUGCCAAUAAAAGCUCAGGGUUACUCUGCCCUCUAGUGGUAGAAACAUUCAUUGUUUAUUUUCAUCUCUGUUUGUUUAUUUCUGCAGUGUUUUCAUCUGUGACCGUGUCACUGUUGAGGCUGAACCAGGGGAACGUCUGGCUCUUUGACGAUUUGGUCAAGAUCACUGGAAAAAAUUCAGGUACUUUUUCUGUUAAAAACACACUUUGUGUGAUUGAAUGCAAGACUACCUUUGUUGUCCCUUCCUGUGUGUUUGUAUUUGUCUUUUUGCCCCCCCCCUUUUUUUCUUUCCUUUUUUUAAAUUUACUUUCUUUAUUUAAUUAAUUUUUACUCUUUAUUUGUGUAUUUUACUUUACUUUAUUUAUUUUUUCCUUUCCUUUUUUAAUUUAAUCUAAUUCAUUAGAUUAUGAAUGUAUUAUUAUUAUUAUUAUUAUUAUUAUUAUUAUUAUUAUUAUUAUUAUUAUCUUCUUCUUAUUAUUAUUAUUAAUUUAUUAUUAUUAUUUUAAUUAUUAUUAUUAUAGUCAUCAUUAUUAAUAUUUUAUUAUAAUUUUUAUUAUUAUUAUUAUAAUUUUUAUUAUUAUUAUAUAUUAUUUUAUUUAUUUAUUUUUUAAAUAUUGUUUAUUUAUUUAUUUAUUUUUUGGUGUUGAAGUGAAUCCCCUCACCCUGACAUUCGCUGUUAAAAUACAUCCAAGGGAAACUCAAUAAAAAGAAUUUUUAAAGAAAGAAAGAAAAACACAUUUUAAUGCUCAUGCUUGAAUUUACUCUUUGCUUUCCUCCAUGAUUAUAAUCAUAUUUGACAGCUGCACUGUCCUGAAAAUAUAUCCGCUGUUUUUUCGUGUCUUUUAGAUGCGUCAUCACUGCCUGUCGUCCAGUUUCCCAAGAGCCUGCUGAAUCUGACAGACAGCGGGACCAUCACAGCGGUUAAAGCCUUUCUGACCAUCCCCAAGCUGCCGUCACAGGACGACACCGUCUUGAAUACUCUGGGAAUCAUGAACAGCAAUACAGGUACAUGUGUGUUCAACUGAAUAUUGAUUAUAAAGGUUACACAAACUUGUAUAGAUGUUAAAAGUAACUGUUGGAGCUCUGCAGAUCCAUUAUGUGUAAAUGAUCCACUGAAGCGUCCCCUCCUGUGUUUUUCAGGGUACGUCAGUGUGGAGUUGAGUCCGGUAGCAGCCGUCAGUGUGCAGCUUUUCUCAGGAGACUCUGAGUUACAUGUGAGUGGACCGGUGCAGAUCAGCCUCAGCCUUCCUGAGAACUGUGGACUCCAGACCUCCAACAGCGUCCCUGCGUGGUUCUUCAACAGCACCACUGGUGGGUGAUACAAGAAGGAUUACUGAUCCCAGACUCCUGUGAAGACCUGAUCUAGGGUUCACUUAAGUCCAGACCAGAUUCAGAGUUUUUUAAGGUGUUUUUUUUCAUAAUUUUCUCACAGGUGGGUGGAUGAGGAAAGGACUGGGGUCUGUGGUGUCAGUGGAGGGAAAACUCACGUGGACCUUCACAGCUCCUCACCUUGGGUACUGGAUAGCUGCUCCUCUGUCACCGCCCAGAGGCAUGUGAUCGCCCCACAUUGACCUUUGACCUUACUUAACCACUGAAUUUGAUGCACACCAGUAAAAAAGCAUCAGAUUAUUCUUAUGUUUAAGGUUAUCUUAACCCAUUCUUUUAGUUUGCGAUGAUUUCUCGCCAUGUUUUAUUUAUUUCUCAUCCUAUUAUUUCCUGCUGCUUCAGGUUUCUUUGGACUUGCCAUCCCCAUUGACUUCAUCCUGCGUCAUUCAUUUGUCCUGAUGGUUAUUCUGGGAGGAAGUCUUCUUAUCAUCAUCUUCCUUCUGGUCGGGUUAUUGUUUUGUCGCAGGUAACUGAGGAUUUCACGCCAUCCUGGUCGCAUUUAUAACACCCAGAAAUACACCCAGAGCGUUGUCCAAGCUUGUUAGAGAGGCACAUUUUAAACCAAAAAAAGUAUAAAAAAGUUCUCCUUAUGGACUCGAACUUUCUUUAGUUGCUUUUUACUUAUUAUUUUAAGUUGUUAAAAUAAAUAAUCUAAUAAAACACCUCAAAUAUCUCAGAGCCAGGCUUUUUUAUGAUUACAGGAGUAGUUAGAGAGAUUUUGUCAUGAUGUAUUUACUGGUAAAGUCAGGGAAAACAAGCUGCAAACUUCCCAAACUCAUAUUAAAAGCAUUUUUGUAUAUACACCACAAAAUAAGAUGCUUCUUUAACGGAUUCCUGCCUACCCCACCUUUAAGUUUCUUGAAGUGAGAUCAACGUCUUUGUUUCAGAAACUAAUCAGGCCAAUUUUUCUUACCCUACUGGCAGAUUUUUCAGUCAUUACAAGCACUUCAGGUCUUAAAAUUGACUCGUAAUAUCCUGAAAUAAAACAUUUCUCCAGACUUGUCAGGGGAAUUUUACUUUUAUGAAACAAUAAAUCAUAUUUGACUAAAAAUAAGACAGAAACUCUUACUUUGUAUGAACUUUUUCAAGGGUUUUCUAUCUGCAAAGUAGCAUCCAGUCCGAUUAAAACCUGAUAAUUUUAGAAUAUAAUGCUGCAUUUGUCCAGCUGGAUGUGUUUAGGCGCCAAAAUGAGGUCAGGAAAGUGAUUUUCUUAAAGCUGUGUGAAAACCAUGAGGACAGAAGAUGAUUUUCAAACACUGGUUUUGAUCAGAGAGUUUUAGAAAUGAUUGGAUUUUGCAAAACUGUCAAAUCCACAAGUUUGGGUUUGGGCCUCUGGGUGCUUCAGUUUUAGACAGAUGCACAACAAUCGUUCUUCUUGUUUGCAUCGUAUAAUUGACGUUUUUUGUCUCAUCUGCAGAAGUUCGUCCCGGCAAACUAAAACAAAGAGAAUCCCUGCUGUGACGAAAAAAGACCAAACCACCUCCACGUGUGAUGAUGAUGUUUUUGAGGUGUCUUCAGGGGACUCCCGUCAUCCGCAGGACGGUCUGAACCAGUCUUCGAGAGAAAAAGGGGACAAUCUGCACAACGCCUCUGUUCUCUCUCUGCACAAUGGGAACGUAAUCGCCAACCCUGGAGCUGUGGCCAUCGCUGUGGAGUGCAACGAGCUGGAUCUGAUCAACACCUCACUGCCAGAGAAUUUGUUUUUCUACAACCAGCCUGUUGCUAUUCUUCACACUCCGGCGUUCUUCCAUUUGGAGGAGCAGCCGGGGCAGCCCCAGUGGAGCAAGUCAGCCACUCUCCCCCGUGCAGGGGCUUCAAACGGCGCUACAGCUGAGCCGCCGAGGAAAGACAGCUUCACUCAGACUCAGCCUAAAGGGCCCUCUACCCCCCAAAGCCAGAGGGUGGAAAAUGAAGGGGAGCCUGGUCCUCAAGAGGACUCUCAGGUAGACACGCCUGCCAGUCCAUCUAGGAGUCACUUCAGCCUCCCGGAGUCAGCAUCAGUCCCUGGAACAUUAAGCAAAAUGACAGGCAGCAGACACUCGGUGCAUGCGUUUGGAGAUCUUUCUAAAAUCCCCUCUCUGCAGCCUCCCCGGGCCUGGUUUGUAUCGCUGGAGGGGAAGCCUGCAGCCGAGAUCCACUACGCGGUGACGGAGCAGCAGAGGAGGCGAAGGCCGGCAGAUAGCAGGGAGACGAGCUUAGACUCAGGAGUGGACAUGAGCGAACUGAACCAGACGUCCGGGAGGAGAGCUGUGACGCUGGAGCGGAAUAACACUUUUGUAAAAAGCACAUCCAGCAGUAAAAACACACAACCGCAGUAAUAAACUCGAAAUCUUCCUCGUCUACUGCUGACAUUUUACGAUCAGUGUCAAUCCAAGUGAAGAUGACCGUCAUUCCAGUCAGACUAAUUUGCUUCAGUCCUGCAUGUUCAGAAGUUUAACCAUUCUCCGAUUCACAGUCUUUAAAGCACAUCCUCUCUGCUGAAUUAUGAACAAUGUAAGACAGUGUAAGAAAUGUGAAUCUGUGGUGAGGUUUUGUUCUCUGCGUUGGUAUUUUCAGCUUCAUAACAAACAGAAAAGUGUUUCCUUUGUGUAAAAAUGAGGGUCUGGUGCACACGCUUGAGGGUGGACGCUGGAACUGGGCGAACUACUUAUACCUCUUAUUUUCAUCCUCAAUAUUUCUUACAUUCAGCCAUUAUCCACAUUUUUCCUCUUGUUUCAGAUCGUCUUUCUGUCAACUUUCAAUAGGGAAAAGUUUAAAAUGUUUAAUUUUAUCAAGAGUAACAAACUGCUAACAUUAUUCAUGGUUUUUAUCCUAAUAAUAUCAUUUUGCUCGUUUUAUGUCCAUGUUUUGUUUGUUUUGUAAUGAAGUGAAUUUUUAAAAAAUAAAAAUAACAAAGUUUGAGUGUUUUUUUCCUCACUUUUUGAACUAUAAACAGAAUAAAACUAUGCAAAUACAAGGCAAAGCAAUGUGUAAUCUAUUCCAAAAAGGGAUAUAGAUUAAUGGUGGACCAAUAAAGAGCAAAAACAAAAUGACUCAUUUGUAGAUGUGAGAAUGAACGUCUGAGACUGAUUUGAGUAAAGUUUGUCACAUGAUUUGGACACCAUUAAAAAAAAUAUUAUUUCCCCAAAGAAAUAAGGUAUGUGCUUAAUUUGCAGACUGAUUUGAUGACAGCAGGAUUUCUGGACUUGGGGCAAGAUAGAUGGACUUGAGGCUGACUUUGCUGCCCCCUUGUGUCACUUUUGAGAAUCUGACCUGAAUUAACAGACCAGUCCUUUCUCAUAAAUGUGAAUAAUUGCAUUUUACAGCCCUAUAACUGCAAAUACACGUUUUAAAUUAUUGGCCUCUGACUAAUUUUAAAACGAUCCAGGCAUAAAACAUAAUAAAAAAAGGAAGGAAGACACCAGCUGAGCCUACAGGUGAGUCUGCAGGUGAGUGUUGAAGGUGGAGGAGUUAUUAAAUGAGGUUAAUAAGGAGAUGUCUGAAAUGAGGAGGAUGAGGGAAUACAACGAAAAUAAGGAGAUAUACUGGAAGUUUUUUUAUGGUGAUCAAUAAACAAUAAACAAUAGUCGAAGAGGCAGCAGUGGUGAGGAAACAGAAAUUGUAGGAGCCAAAAUAUGUUUGUUGAGUUUGAUUUCUAAUAAGUGCGUCACUUCCGGACAUCGUCACAGAGGGGUGUGGUUUUGGGAUUUUGGCGGGUAAUUUAAACCUCACAGGUGUAGUCAGACAGUAGUUUUAUAAGCUCUGAUCUUGUUUCAACCUCAUCUCAUCUCAUCACUUUUCAUUCGAAGGUCGAGGACUUAAACCUGGAUCAGCGUGUUUUCUUUUCUCCUUCUGAACAAUAAAUCACUUUUUAACACUCAAACCGAACUGAUAAUCGAUGAGAGCGAACCUAAACCCCCAUGCAGCGGCCUUCCUGUCGAAGUCAAGCAGUCGCUAAAGAAAUUAUGGACCCACAGUUUGACAGUCAUUCCCAUAUAGUCAUAUAUUUUCUGGGUUUUCAUGGCUGAAGUUCGGGAGAAGCCUCCAUUGGA